UUUAAACAAUGACUGUCCAAAAAAAGCCUUUAAACAAUGAGAAAUUCUUCUUAUUGACUUCAAAAGUAUAAAAGCCAAACAAGGCCUCAAGGGUUUAUAUCAGAGUCACGAGGUUGGUAGCUUAAAGUUGCCGCAAACGCCGAUCCAUAAGAAGUGAAGUGGGAGAAACAAAGCGAAGGUUUCGACAAACAGGAGGAGAUCGAAAUAGCGGAAAUGGAUCCAGACGCUCUGUGCCAGGCUUUCGUCACACACUACUACAACACCUUCGAUUCCAAUCGGCCCGGUCUGGCUGGUCUCUACCAGGAUAACUCCAUGUUGACAUUCGAGGGCCAGAAGAUUCUGGGCGUCGAGAACAUCAAACAAAAGCUCAUGAACCUCCCUUUUGCGCAGUGCUUGCACCAUAUCACCACCGUUGACUUCCAGCCCUCUGGAGCUCCCGGCGGCUUUCUCGUAUUUGUCAGCGGCAACCUUCAACUUGGCGGUGAACAGCACCCGCUCAAGUUUAGCCAGAUGUUUCAUUUGAUGCCAACACAAACUGGAAGUUUUUAUGUGCACAAUGACGUAUUCCGCUUGAACUAUGCAUGAAGGCGGGAAACUGUGUAUUGGUUUAUAUUUUCUUGAUGAUGGAAUUGUCAAAAAUGAAAAACGACUGAACAAAAUCUGUCAUGGUUGUAGAAGUCAGACAAUACUUGGUUUGGAUUGUGCUUUGUUUGGUUGUUUACUUGUUCUUGAGCUUUAUAAUUAAAAUAGACUGAUGAGUUUGAUGAUGAGUAAUUGAGUAGCUAGUAUGGAAUGUUUAGGAAAUUGAGUUGGUUGGUUUCCUCUAUUUAAAGAGUACUUGCUUGUUUCGUCUCUUCCAAGUUCCACCUUAUUUCCACCGGGG